AUGGCGCUCCAACACGACGCCGACGACGUGGUCGAGUUCCUCCUCGCGCCGUUCAGUGACAUGGUCACCAAGGCCAAGAAGGCAGCCGCCAACGCCGGCGACGAGGCGCCCUCGAUGCGCAAAGCGGCCGAGGCUCUAUCUAAGGAGGGACAGCGCGCGCUGAACCGCCUUGAGCCGCUGUGCAAGAAAAUGUCCAGCCAGCACGGGGCUGCCAUGGCGGCGGUCGUGAGGACAAACGACGACAUUAGCAGCCACCACCUGGGUCUGACGGGUCUUCUCUGGGGCUUCGACGACUAUGACACGGUAGAGACGUUUGACCAAGAAAAGUACGCCGAGGUUCAGGCGCUGUGUCGCCGGGUUGCACCCAAGAUCUACAACGUGCUCGUGCUGGAGAAUAUUGACCUCGCGGCAAACGUGUCAGCGUCGGAGUCGGCGUCGGCCUCGACACUACACAGCGUCCCUGAGUCGCCGCCCACGUCGCCCCUGUGCGCCGUGUCGCAGUCCUCCUAUACCUGGCAGCUGGAUGGGAGAAGCGAUACCAACACCAACACGGAGCCAUCGCUGGCCGGGAGCGCAUCGUGGAGCGACACGUCGGCCAACCAUCUGCACGCCGGAUGCCAGGCGCUUGCCAACACGACGGCGACGGCGCACCGCGGCUUGGCCCCCGGCCCCGAUUACACGGUCAGCACUCCGGGACGUCGGUCUGGCAGCAGCCACUCCUCGGGGCUGUUUGAGGUCCGGCCGAGUCCCGGGAGGCGCCCAGACCUGCCCAUCAGAGAGGCGCGGCAGGCGGGUUUGCAUCUGCGGCAGCCCUGGCCACUGCCCAGGCGCCUUGCGUCUCGCGAACUGCACGAAGCCUAUGUCUCGUCCGGCUUGACCGCCAGCCCCGAAACCACGUCGUUCCACGAUGCGCCGUGGUCAUGGAUGGGUGCUCUGGAGAAGCGCCAGCCUCCAUCCACAGCCGUCCCGCCGACGCCGGCCGCUCAACCGCCGCCGCGCAGCUGCGUCAUUGACGAGUCCAGCUCGCUGCGUCUGUACAGGGGCUUUUGCUCCGGCGCAAAAGAAGUGCUCGGGGGCAACAGCGGCGUGAGACACAGACACAAGCCCGUACACCGGACCUUGUCGCGAAUAGUGGCGCGCUGCACAGGCUGCUCCUGGGAGCUGGACUCGGAGCACAUCGAGAACGACCAGGCCAACAGAGGCAAGCAACAGACUGCGAUCCAGAUCGGCACCAUGUCCAGGCGCGACGUGCACUUUCGGCUGCGGUUCCUGCAAAAGAGCCACGUCGCCGUCAAGCGGGCCGACGACAGGCUGUACGGGUGCAUUUUCUGCGCCCACAACGGGCACACCCUCGACGAAAGCGACGCCACCGUCUUUUUCUCCGUCGACGACCUGCUCGCCCACGUCUCGCGGCAUCCGCGGCCGCUGCCCGUGAUCCCCGGCGUCGUGGUCGUCUACGGGACGCACGUGCCGUCGCACCAGCUCAACAACUACGACCUGCAGUUCAAGGUCCCGGCGAGUCGGGGCCCGCCGGGCAGAGGCCUCGCAGAGGUCGACGGCCGCCCAAGGGGCGUGGCGAUGAAGGAGGUCCGGAGGGGCGCGGCUCGACGGAGCGUCGUGGACCGCGACCGCCCCCAGGAGCUGCAGGUCGCGUCCGGAGCCAGGCUCAGCGGCAUCAGGUGGCCGACGCAGUACAAGGGCCGGAGGGUAUUUGCGUGGCACGACGGCGCCUUUGCCUCGCUGCCGUCCGACGUGGUCAUGCUGGUUGCGCCCUCGAGCAGCCUCAACGGGACGGCGAGGACGGCAGUCAGCGCCAAGGCCAAGUGGAAGUUUUCUCCGAAGCACGGCAAGGCUGGGUGGCUCAGGUUUGACAGGGGCGACACCAUCGCCAACAUAAACUGGGAACAUCCCGAUGACUGGUACUGGUGCGGCACGACGAGAAGAGGCGAAUGGGGCGUCUUCCCGCAGGCGUUUCUCGAUCCGAACACUGUCAAGGACGAGACGCCGGGGAAUUUCUACCCCAGUUGA